AUGGUGGACUCACCCCAGCGAGUACGUCGUCGGUCUUCUGCCGCUGACCGACUUUGCCCCAACGUCGACGCAGUGGCCACCACCACCACCUUUGCCCCGGCCCCUGACGCGCCCAGGGCUCACCGCGCGGGUCCCAAGCCACAGGACAGCAAGACGCCAAAAAAUGACGAAGCAGCAAUGAUGCCGCCACCUGCGUCAACAGAACCCGACCCGGCGGUGCGCCCGUCGCGCUCCGACUCUGGUGCUUGCCGUUCUACGAACCGCCUCUCGCUCACUCUCCCAAUCGCGCCGCACACCGGCGAUCGGUCGCGGCCCACUCCCAUCACGGCGGCUCCCUCGGUCCCGCCAACUCCUGUCGAGACGCCGACCAUCCCUCUGCCCGCUGAUGCGAACGAAUUCAUAAUAGCAAUCGCCGCACAGGAACGCAGGGUCCUGGAGCUGCGGGAGGACCUGGCUCGGGCCGAAGCAGACCUUGCCUCGCUCAAGAGGCAAUGGACUGCCACGGAGCCCUUUUUCCAGCCUGGGGCGGUUCAUCACGCGGAGCUACACGGGAAUUCUACCCCUGGAGCGUUGGACGAUGCUGCAAUUGGACCACGACGCAGCGUCGACUUGGAUCGCCGCAAACUUUUGCUUCAGGGCCAGAACCAGAGUACCCCCACGCAGGGUAAUCGGCGCCGGUUUUUUCGCGGCGGACACACGCGCGCGCUGUCCCUUCUCUCGCCGGCAAGAUCAAACUCCGAGUUUUCCAUCCACGAGACUCAUGGUCUGGGACCGGCAGACCCGACGGCGGUCCAGCCCGCCAAUCCUGCUUCGUUAAAGCGGGCUUCGUGGCAGCCGCGGUCAGCCCAAAACUCUCCGAGUGUGCCUCAGAUUGUCGAGGACUUCAAGUUGGGACUCCGAGCAUUUGUUGAGGACAUACGGCAGAUAACGGUUGGCGAUGAGCCCAUCAGUGGCCAAUCAUCCCGCCGUGGCCCGCCGGCCCUGCAGCAGGGCAGUGCGAUGAACCGAGGGCCAGGCGGGGGUUUGGGCAGGCCCAGGACGAGCUUUGCACCGAUCGGCCCCAACUCCAACCUGGCGACUCCCACGCCAGCUAGCAGGUUUGCGGCCCCAAGUCUCGAGAAGCCCAAGCCCGUCAAAAGCAAGCCCUUUUCGUGGACACCGCUGGGAUUCGACUCCAUGGACGACAGCGACUGGUCGAACUGGGAGUCGCCGGGACCGACAAAGUCCCCUCGGUGGAGCGACUCUACCAUCAACAGUGCAGGGUUAGAGGACAUUGGGCCCAUCCCGGAGAUGGGAGAAGAAAGUCUAACGCCCGUCAAGACGCAAUCGGCCAAAGCCGAGGCAUUAACUUUAUCCCCAAAGCUCGAGGAGAUUAUCCCUAACGUGGUCAACAGGCUGUCUCCGAGAAACUUGAAACGAACGGCCAAUAGCCUGAUGGACGAGUGGGAGAAGUCGUUGAUUUCCCCGGAGCUUGGGGACAAGGAAAACAACGCACUGGAGACUUGA